CACUAAGAAGAAGAAGAAGAAGGACAUGAAGCUGUCAUUACAUGUGUCAGAUACUGAAGAAUCCUUCGUCUUAUCUGAGUAGAUGUCUUAAUCGCGUUAAUUAUUACAGUGUAGUUGUCAUGUAUAUAGAGACAUGUCUAGAGCAGCAGUACAGGUUUGUUCAUGAGACAGCUGUUUAGCCGGCGCGUUAUUUUCCACAUGGUUAUUUCCACAUUUCUUUUCAGCACUUUGUUAUCUGAACGCACAAGCUCAGAGAAGAGCUCUGGGGAUGGAGAGCAACGCGACUCCGGUGUUCACCUUCGGUAUAAUCGCCGAUAUUCAGUACGCCGAUUUAAAGGACGGUUAUAAUUAUCACAGAACCAGGAAGCGUUAUUACAGGAACAGCCUGCACCUGUUGAGAAAUGCCAUCAGGCACUGGAAUGAAGAAAAUGUGAAGCCCAGCUUCAUCCUGCAGCUCGGAGACAUCAUUGACGGCUUCAACAGCAAGCACGGUGCAUCAGAGGAAGCUCUGAAAACGGUGAUCGAUGAAUUCAGGAGCUGCUCGGCUCAGGUCCAUCAUGUGUGGGGCAACCACGAGUUCUACAACUUCUCCAGGAGUGACCUGUUCUCCUCUGUGCUUAACAGUGAGGUCAAAGGUGAUGAGGAGAAAGAUGACAGGAUGGAUUACAUCUACGCUUACCAUUUCAGCCCAGCUCCCAAGUUCAGAUUUGUGGUCCUGGAUGCUUACGAUCUGAGUAUCAUUGGCCAGGAGGAAUCGUCUGAGAAGUACAGUCAGUCGUUGGACAUCAUAAAGUCGCACAAUCCUAACGAAGAACUUAAUCAGCCUCCAGGCAUAUAUCCGAUGGAUGAGAGGUUUGUGAAGUUCAACGGAGGAUUCAGUCAAGAUCAGGUCGACUGGCUGGAUAGAGUGUUGACCGGUGCUGAUGAGAAAGGAGAAAAGGUCACGGUUGUGAGUCAUGUUCCUGUUCAUCCUUUCUCCACUUCCUCCAUAUGUCUCGCAUGGAACUAUGAUGAUGUCUUUCCUCUUCUGCAAUCUCACAAGAGCGUGGUGUGUUUCAUGGCUGGACACGACCACGAUGGAGGUUAUUGCGUAGAUUCAUCCGGUAUUCAUCACCUCACACUGGAGGGCCUUAUUGAGACACCGCCAGGCGGUGAUGCUUUCGGCACUGUGUACGUAUAUGAGGACAAGAUGAUCCUCAAAGGUAAAGGGAGGAUCAAGAACAGAGAGCUAUUGUAUCGAUGAGGAAGGGUGAAUAGAUUUAAAAUAGCAUUAAUAUGUUUCUCUAUACAAUAUUUAUUUAACUCAUAUAUUCUGUUUAGGGUCUAAAAAAACAUGUGGUGUGAAGGGUAAAGCUGACUCUCUAUUACAAACACGCACACAAAAUGCCCACAGCUCUCUGCUGUGAAAAUGACAAGCAUAAAAACCCAUUUCUUUUGCUGAGGUUCUGGAAAUGUGCCUUUUGUAGUAGUGAAAGUGAUCAGGAAAGUGAACAAUCUGACAAUGAAGAAUCCUGAUUAUGACAGAUCCUCCUUCUGAGAGUGAUCUUUUAUUUAUUUCUGAAGUAUAUCAAACCCAUGUUGCUCAGUUAUGUAGAUCAGAUUCCUUCUCAUCUUAAAAAUGAUAAUUGUCAUGGUCUGUAUCUCUGCCUGAGAGACGAGGCAGACUCAGUGUGGAAAAAUCCACUGCUUCCAAGCCCCAGCAGAUAUCCUGCCAGCUGUGUUACAAACCAAAGUCAGCUUUUGAGUUAUACAUCACAUCUCUAAUAGAAAGUGUUGUUAUAGAGAUGACAGAGUAAAUUGGGCCGAUAAUUCUGGCAGAAGCAUAUGUACAGGUAUCUAUGUGACAUGGUAUGAAAUUAAAAAUGAAUUACAACAGUGGUGUAUAGGAUAUCUGGUCAGGCCUUUGUGAAGCCUUAAACAGAGAGGGGAAAGCAUUAUAUUAGAUCACAGCCACUGUCAGAGAUCCAAACUGAGGCUGAACCUCCUAAUACACUGAAGGUAGCAGCAUUUCUAAAACAAACACAAACAUACACAAACUCUUUGUGCAAAGUAAAGCUUUAUUUGAGUGUUACCUCCAUCCAUCCUUUCUGGGCUAGAAACAAGCAGUCAGUUAGGAUGUGAAUCUUGAUGUACUGUAAAUGUAUACAUAGUUUGUCUUAAUGUCUUUCAGGUGUAAAGCAUUUUGUGUGUGUGUGUGUGUGUGUGUGUGUCAGUCAGUCAGUUAGGGGCUUAGUAUUCAUUGGAAAUUUAACCAGGGUUAGUUUGCCUGUUGUUAUAGUAUUUGGGCUACUUUUUAUUUAAAUUUAUUAAUUUCACAAAUUUCAUUUCCAAAAUCUGUGAAGUUUUCUUCACUCUCUCUAUAUUCACAUACAGCCCAGUGACAUACCCUGUUUGCCUGAAUAGUAAAUUAUGGUAAUUUACAUGAUAUUUUACCUUUUUGAAAAUUGCAAGUGCAGUUUGUUAGAAAAGUGAAACUUGAAGUCUCUGAUAUAGUGGUAUGGAGUGAUCUAAGCUGUUUGGAAGAAAAACGGUAAAGCUUUACUACACUUUUUUUUUUUUUAUUAUUUAACACUUGUAACACUGGGGUCUCUGGGACCCCAAAUACAUAAACCCAGUCAUUUAUCAAAUCAUGUUUUAAUGACAAAGAAAAAAAACUGACCCAUACACUUACAGAAUAUUAUAUGUUGGAGAAUUUUAUUUUACUAUUUAUAUUUUUAUAAGUGUGAAUAAUGAAUGAUGUGCAUUAAAGAAAACAAAUAUAA